AUGGGCGCUGGGCAGGAAUCGGGAACAGCUCCUGCCCUUACCGCGGGCUCUGCGGGAACGCGGCCACCUCCGCGAGAGGAGCCCGGGCCUCAGCCCGCUGCCCGCGCCCCGCCCGGGCGGCAGGAGACCGGCCACGGCCCCGGGGUGCCCGGGAGGGGGGUCCCGAGACCCGCAGCGACGACCCCACUCCCCUCACCGUCCCCCCGCCACUGCGCACGCGCGGCACCGCGCUCCCCCCCCACCGCCGCCGUGACGCAUGCGCAGCGCCGCGCGCGGGCCAAGAUGGCGGCCGGGAGCGCCGCGCGCUGGUUGGGGGCCGCCGGUGCCGCGCGGGGCUGCGCGGCGGGGCCGGGGCCGGGCCGGGGCCGGGGCCGGGGGGCGCUGCGGCUGCCACUCGUGUGGCUGCUCCGCGGGCUCGGCCCCGCGCCGGGACCCGCCGCACGCCGCCCCUCGCUGCUGUGCGCCGGGCCGUGGGCCGCGGGGCCGAGCCGCGUCCCGGCCGCCUCCUUCCACAGCAGCGCGGCGGCCCGCGCCAAGGAGGACUACUACCAGGUGCUGGGGGUGCCGCGCUCCGCCAGCCAGAAGGAGAUCAAGAAGGCCUACUACCAGCUGGCGAAGAAAUACCAUCCCGACACAAAUAAGGAUGACCCCAAAGCUAAGGAGAAGUUCGCGCAGCUGGCAGAAGCCUACGAGGUAUUAAGCGACGAAGUGAAGCGGAAGCAGUACGACGCGUAUGGGACAGCUAGUUUUGAUCCUGGCGCAACAGGUGCCGGUGCUGGGCGCCAGUACUGGAGCAGCGGUCCAUCGAUUGAUCCGGAGGAGCUUUUUAGGAAAAUCUUCGGCGAGUUUUCGGGGUCCCCUUUUGGUGAUUUCCAGAACGUCUUCGACCAGCCGCAGGAGUACAUCAUGGAACUGACCUUCACCCAAGCUGCAAAAGGUGUUAACAAGGAGAUUGUGGUGAACAUCAAUGACUCCUGCGAGCGGUGUGGUGGGAAAGGGAACGAGCCUGGUACCAAAGCACAGCACUGCCACUACUGCAACGGCACUGGCAUGGAAACGAUAAAUACGGGCCCCUUUGUAAUGCGAUCUACGUGCCGACGGUGUGGCGGUCGUGGUUCCAUCAUCACAACCCCGUGUGUAGUGUGUCGAGGAAGGGGGCAAACCAAACAGAAGAAGACAGUGGUGGUUCCGGUGCCAGCUGGCGUUGAGGACGGGCAGACAGUUCGGAUGCCUGUGGGGAAGAAGGAAAUUUUCAUUACGUUCAGGGUUCAAAAAAGUUCCGUGUUCAGAAGAAAUGGAGCAGAUAUCCAUUCAGACCUCCUUAUUUCAGUAGCACAAGCUGUUCUGGGAGGUACAGCCAGAUGUCAAGGCUUGUACGAGACAAUCAAUAUCACGAUACCCCCUGGUAUUCAGCCAGACCAGAGAAUUCGAAUGAGUGGGAAAGGCAUUCCCAAGGUUAAUAGUUAUGGGUACGGAGACCACUACAUUCACAUAAAGAUAAAAGUUCCUCAGAGGCUGACAGAUCGCCAGAGAGCCUUAAUGAUGAGCUAUGCCGAGGACGAGACAGAUGUGGACGGCACAGUGAACGGAGUCACAAAUACAGCAUCAGGUGGCAGGGCCACGGCUAGAGCUGACGCAGGCGAGGAUAGGCCUGAGGCUGAGGAGAACAAGGAGGGAUUCCUUUCCAAACUUAAGAAAAUGUUUAGCUCCUGAUACCCCAUCCGAGGGAAACGUUCUACUGGAAACUAAGAGCCAGCAGCAGCAGAUCAUCUUAGCAGUCGGGGAUGAAUCCUUCUGGCAGCGGGCUCUGGAGAGCGAAGGAUGUCGGUCAGCAGCACAGUGAGAAUCCCAGCUGGAGGCCACAAAGCACUGAGGCACCAACCUUCAUCAUGAUAAAAUAGCAACCCAGCGUCCUAGGAAAUGGUAACAAUGGAAAAUGCCAGCUUUGUGGUAACGUGGGUGUCUCCUGAGGUUGUUCCACUGUCCAUACUGCUGCUAGAAGCUUAUUUGUUUUUGGUUUUGUUUUUUUU